ACACGAGCAUUGUAGUAUUUCCCUUAGUUAUUCCAAAUCUUCGUAAUGAGCAAAUUAAAUCGGGAAAUUCAGACGUCCUUUUCAGAUGAUGAUAAUCCACCUCCGCCGCCGCCACCGCCACCGCCAAAGAAGGAACCGCCCAAUGACACACCACCACCGAAUCCGCAGCCGGACAAGCCGCCUCCGGGCUCAGCCGAUAUCGAAGCCAUCCCAGAGCCGAGGGUUCGGCCAUCCCGAUACAUCACAACCACCGAGGAUGACAAGGAUUCGGGCUUCGAGACGAUCGCCGUCUACCUGUCCCUGUUCUUUGUGAUCAUCACAUUCCCCUUGUCGAUCUUCCUGUGCCUGAUUGUGGUGAAGGAGUACCAUCGGAUGCUGAUCUUUCGACUGGGUCGGGUCAGGAAGGGCGUCCGGGGGCCUGGCCUCGUGUGGACUCUGCCGUGCAUCGACUCCUUCGUCAAGGUGGAUCUACGCACCUUUGCGACCGAGGUGCCCUCCCAGGACAUCCUCACCAGAGACUCGGUGACGAUUUCCGUGGACGCAGUGCUGUACUACUGCAUCAAGGAUCCCAUGGACGCCCUCAUUCAGGUGGACGAUGCGAAGGAGGCCACCGUGCUGAUAGCCCAGACCACACUGCGGCACAUAGUCGGCGCCAAGCCGCUCCACACCCUCCUCACCUCGAGGGAGACUCUGUCCAAGGAGAUCCAGCUUGCCGUCGAUGAGAUCACGGAGCGAUGGGGAGUGCGAGUGGAGAGAGUGGACGUGAUGGACAUCAGCUUACCCUAUACACUUCAGCGAUCCUUGGCCAGUGAGGCAGAGGCCGUUAGGGAGGCGCGUGCCAAGAUCAUCUCAGCCGAGGGCGAGCUGAAUGCCUCGCAGGCGCUCAAAGAGGCCUCCGAUGUGAUGUCCCAGAACAAGAUCACCCUGCAGCUGAGACAUCUACAAAUUCUCACCUCGAUCGCCGCGGAGCGCCGUUGCAGUAUCAUUUACCCCUUCCCCAUGGAGAUAAUGACGCCCUUCAUGGACAGCGGUGGGGGUGGUGGCGGACGAAGCCGCGGGGGUACCGGCGGGGAUCCCGGCGGCAAGAGACGGGACAGUAUUCUGACCAAUUUCUUCUUUGGCAAACCCGAAGCUGAUUCGAGUUCGAAUUCUUCUCCAAUGGAGCCCAAGUCAGAUGUUGCUUCCGACCAGGCGGAAUCCGAACAGGAUCCGAAUAAUUCGAGCGACACAAGGGGUGGCGAGACCCAUGCGUCGGAGAUGCCAGGAGGCUCGAGGGCACCGCAGCAAGAAAGGCCGUUGGCGUUGGCGUUUAUGGACAUCCUAAGCUAUCAGCAGUUCCUGCAAAAUCGUCGAUAAUCAGGCCCUCGGCCUGGGCUGGCAGACAAUGUCCCGGGAGCAGGACAAUGACAAGGCCAAGCGUGAAAUAAACAACAGUCACGUCAGCUCCGUGGGCCACAGACUUGAUUGAAGGGCAUUACUUGUUCCCUGUGUUGUGCUCCCUGGUCCCUCGCACAGACACUGAGACGACAUUGACACUGGUAUUCGGUAUUCGGUGGCCUCAAAGCAUUUUUUUACGAUAAAAAGUAGCUGGAUAUUUGGUCCUUUAUAUUCUUGCUGCAGAGGCAAUUUAUCUCUUUUAAUAAAUUGGAAGAUUUCUGUCGA